UUUAACCCACAUCUGUAGCUGAAGAUGACAGACCGCUACAACAUCCACAGCCAGCUGGAGCAUCUGCAGUCCAAGUACAUUGGCACAGGCCACGCAGACACCACCAAGUGGGAAUGGCUGGUGAAUCAACAUAGAGACUCGUACUGCUCCUACAUGGGUCAUUUUGACCUCCUCAAUUAUUUCUCCAUCGCUGAGAACGAGAGCAAAGCUCGUGUGCGUUUCAACUUAAUGGAGAAGAUGCUGCAGCCCUGCGGUCCACCUGCAGAUAAACCUGAGGAUGCCUAGCAUGCAGCCCACUGAGCGGACUCUGUUUGGUUUUCUCUGCUGUGUGUCAGAAUAAAUUCAAGUGUGUAUAGUGGAGAGCAAAGGGGAUUUUUUUUUAAAAACUUUUUGACCAAUUAUUGUAAUGAUCUCUUUUUUGUGCUAUUUUACAUUUUGUACGUGACCCACGACUGCGUCUGAACAAAAUAAAGUUAGAAACUAUGGGUUAGUCA